AUGACUGCGGUCGCAGCUCCUCUGUCCUUCCAGCCCAGUACUCGACUGGGAUGGAGUCCUAAUGGCAACAGCUACGUUGCGAUGAAUACCGAAAAGUCCGGCGAAAUGUUCAAUCCACAACCUCGCAAGACUGUUCAGCGGCAGAAUUCAUCAUCCUCCCUGGCAUCCACCAACUCGGCUUCCUCCACCUCGACCUUAUCGCCAAGCUCAGUACAAGCGAAUGGCAACGGUACAACGUCAUCAGAUGCAGGCAAUUGGGCAACAAGAAAAAAACCAACGCGUGGUCUAUGGCCCCCUGGCAAAGCGGAACCUGCCACUGGCAUCACUACCGCACGACCUCAAGCUGUGAGCUCGGCGACUUCGGGGCCGACAGCUUCCUCCGCAAUCUCUGCUCUGCACACUCCACUGCUCCCCUCUCAGCAAAUGGCGAAUGGCAAUGGUCAAGUCAAUGGUGCGGUGCGGAAUCAAGCUCAGCCCGAGCCUUCGGCGGUGCUAUACCUUCUGCCAAUGAAUGGCACCUUUGAGCGGAAGACAAUCGUCGUACCUUACUACCCGGAGAUUCUCAAGGUUGGCCGACAGACAAAUCAGAAGACAAUCCCAACACCACUCAAUGGAUUCUUCGACUCGAAAGUCCUGUCACGGCAGCACGCAGAAGUAUGGGCUGAUCGGCAAGGUCGUGUCUUUAUUCGUGAUGUGAAGUCAAGCAACGGUACCUUCGUGAACGGCAUGCGGCUGAGUCAGGAGAAUAAAGAAAGUGAGCCAAGGGAGUUGAGGGAGCAGGAUGUGCUGGAGCUUGGGAUCGACAUUGUGUCAGAGGACCAGAAGACGGUGGUACACCACAAGGUAGCCGCAAAGGUCGAAAACGCUGGGAUAUAUGGACAAGCGAAUGAUCCGUUGAACUUUGGCGAGCUCGACCCAAGUGUGAGCGGUGGCUUGCUUGCCGCACCGCACGCAUUGAAGAGGAAUGGCAGCCAGGGCUCAAUCAAUGGACGAGCGCCUGCAGGGAUCGGCGCUGUGCAGCAAAAUGGAUUAGGAGGCGCGAUGCCCGGACAGCCGCAGCAUAUGCGGGCCUGGCUAAACCCAAUCACGACGGAACAGAUCGUGAAGAAGCUUAACGUCGAGAUGAGACUUGCGAUGCAGCAAUCACAAGACUUGGCAAGGGCACGACAAAUGAUCGACCAAAUGCUUGGUGGUAAACCUGCUUCGCCAGUAAUCAAGGAACCGAAGAUGAGCUCUGAGAGAGCACGGCCGUCACCCACGAAGGCGAAGCUUGACCUGCUGGCGCAGUUCACGGAGCCGCCCGCGCCACCACCUCAAGCACCACUGCCAGAGAAGCCGGAUGUCGCACGAGCUCUCGCAGAUCCGAUCAUCCGCCCACUAUUACGGCGAGAUGACACUGCGUUGCCGAUGUCUAACAGUAGUUCGCCAACACGAAUGGAUCACUCUAGCGAUAUUCUCCGGCUAUGUGAGGAGCUGAAGCUUGCUAAAGGAGAAUUGAGCAAUCAAAGCGAGAGGAUGAAGAAUCUGGAGAACGAACUAGCGCAGGAGCGGACGGCGCGGGAGAGCGCAGAGGAGAAAGCCCAGAGCCUUGAGCGGGGCGAUGUACCGGACCCAGAUGAGGAGAGCCCAUCGCAAGAUGACGAUGCAGUGCCAUCGAUUCUUCAGACACAGCUUGAUGGACUACGGACAUCUAUGGAUGAGAUGAAGCAGCAGAUGGAACGGUACAGGCAGCGAGCGGAGAACGCCGAGACGGAACGAGACGAAGCACGACAAUCAUUGGCAGAAAUGAUCGAGCAGAAGCGGAAGGAGAACGAGCGUGGAGGCACUCGUACCCCGUCAGGCCCACGCAAGUCUCCGUCCGCAAAGCGGACACCACAGCUCAACGGCAAAACCAUGGAAACGAACGGCCACGCCAUCGUACCUUCUCCUGACAGCCCAACAUCAGAUACUUUACUUAAGCGCGCUGGGGUUGAAGAGGGUCAGCCGAUCACACUCGAGCAGGCGAGGAUAAUGACACAGCUUCUUUCUCAGGAGAUCUUGAUGCCCGGAGGAGGCGGCCCGGGCAAGGUGAGGGAGUAUGGAGUGCCUUAUGGAAGUGCGGUGGCGGUUGCGCUGCUUGGGGCUAUUGUUAUGACUUGGGUCAACGGGUGGCCGAAGGUUGAGAGAUGA